GGACGAUGUAAGUCUAUGACCAAUUAUUUAUAUAUAAAAUUCAUUUGUAUAUCAAGUAUCCUUAUAUCAAAGUUAAUUUUUGAUUUCAGGUAUAUGUCUGGGGUCACUAAUAAGUUGGGGCGUUCUGAUGAUUAUGGAUUCAUUGAUCCCCAAUCAAUUCAUGAAUCAAAUGAUUUUGAGCAUAUCAACAUGAGUCUGAUAAGAAGUUUUGGAAGGGGCAAGAAAAUAUACUUUUUGCCUUAUAUAUCCGGGCGCCAUUGGCAACUUCUUGUUAUGUCUAUGCAAGACAACUAUGCUUUGUGGUUCUGCUCAUUGCACAGGCCUCCUCCCACACAACUCAAACAAGCAAUUGAUUGUUCUAUUCCAGCAAGUAUGAUGAUGGGUGGGAGAUCAAUUGUUAACAGUAGAAAGAUUGCUUGGAUUUCUCUCAAGGUUUGACAUAUGCUAAAGUCAUACUUUGUUAUAAUUGUUUUAUAACAAAUGUUAUUAACUAACUAUUAUCAACUGUGAUGAUAUAUUGUAGUGUAACAGACAAAAUGGGUCAUAUGAGUGUG